AUGGAGGUUAAAGAGGCGAAAAGGACAAUCAUAGCAAAACCAAUUGCUUCAAGACCUACCAUUUCCAACUUCGGAUCCUUCUCUGACAUCCUUCCUGGCGCCAUUAACAUUUCACCCUCAACAGAACCCACAGUCACUGCCAUCAGACCAAAAACAGUGAGGUUCAAGCCUGUUAUGAGCUCUCCAAAUGUUAAGAUCUUGAAAUCAGAUCACGCAUCUCCCUUUCUAUAUAAACCCUUGGCAAAGACAGUAUCAAGAACAACCAUUAGUCUCUUGGCAAACAUGGGAACUUGUAAUACAAGCCAUGAACAAGCAGCAACUCAAAAUCUCGAAUCAAUGAAUCCUCCAAAACUGAAAUCAGAUGAUAAAAGAUUGCAGUCACACACAAACAACUCUGAUCGACCUUCUUAUGAUGGAUAUAAUUGGAGGAAAUAUGGUCAAAAGCAAGUCAAAGGAAGUGAGUUUCCAAGAAGUUACUACAAGUGCACACACCCGAAUUGUGUGGUGAAAAAGAAGGUUGAAAGAUCCAUAAAUGGUGAAAUAGCUGAAACUGUUUAUAAAGGUGAACAUAAUCAUACAAAGCCCAGGCUUCCUAGGCGCCAUGCUUUUGAUGGAACUAUCAAAGAUUCAAGCUCUCAAUUGCCAAGUAAUCAACUCAAGAAUGAUAAUAAGCUGAAUGAAGUUGUUGGAUCAUCUUCACGUUUGACCAAUUUGGUCAAAGUCCAUGAAGAAUUUGAUGCUAGUUGUAUGCCAACUCUUGAUGAUGAACAUGAACCCAUCACAGUUAAAAGAAGGAAAAUUAUAAAUGAAAGAUAUGGAGAAGGUUUAAAAGAGGGUGGAGUUGUUGUUCAUGAUGGGAUUGAUUCAGAGGCAAUUGCUGAUGGUUUUAGAUGGAGAAAAUAUGGGCAGAAAGUUGUGAAGGGCAAUCCUUAUCCCAGAAGUUAUUAUAGAUGCACAGGAGUUAAGUGCGAUGUGAGGAAACAUGUGGAAAGAGCAUCAGAUGAUCCAAAUGUUUUUAUUACAACUUAUGAAGGCAAACAUAACCAUGAAAUGCCAAUGAAGAAACUAAAUUAACUGAUGAAUAAUCAAGGUAUAAAUCAUCCUUGAAUUUCAAAAUGUUUAAUCUUAGAUGAAGGUAGUUGUUAAGGAAUUCAAGAUUUUUAGAUCAAUAAAGAUGGAAAAUUUUUAAUUAUUGAUAUCGGAUAUCACAUGUUAUUGUUUUUUAAGUUGUGUUUGAUAAAUUAG